GACCCGCUGUGUAACCCGCUGUGCCGACCGUGUCCACUGUGUGCGCGCUGCUACCGCUGCACGACACGGGAGACACCGGCGUGGUGGUGAUUGGAGAGCCCUGCGGAGAGCUUCCGUGCCCCAGCACUGCCUCAGGAGCCCAGCCUGCUUGGUCCCCCUAGGUCCUCGCUGCCUGCGUGGCGCCAUGAUCUGUGUCCUGAACAGAGUCGUCCCCUUGGGGCUGGUGCUGCUGGUCUGCGGAGCCCAAGGCUUUUUCCUGCCCAACGUCACCCACUUGGAGAAGCUGCUCAGCAAAUACCAGCAGGACAAGCCCCACUCCCGGGUCCGGAGGGCCAUCCCCAGGUCGGACAAGGAGGAGAUCCUCAUGCUUCACAACAAACUGAGGGGCCAGGUGUACCCCCCGGCCUCCAACAUGGAGUACAUGACCUGGGACGAGGAGCUGGAGCGGUCGGCGGCAGCGUGGGCUCAUGAGUGCCUCUGGGAGCACGGGCCCACCAGUCUGCUGGUGUCCCUCGGGCAGAACCUGGCCGUCCACUGGGGCAGGUACCGCUCUCCCGGCUUCCAUGUCCAGUCCUGGUAUGACGAAGUGAAGGACUACACCUACCCCUACCCCCACGAGUGCAACCCCUGGUGUCCGGAGAGGUGCUCUGGGCCCAUGUGCACCCACUACACACAGAUAGUCUGGGCCACCACCAACAAGAUUGGCUGUGCUGUGAACACCUGCGAGAGGAUGAACGUUUGGGGAGACGUUUGGGAGAAUGCGGUCUACCUCGUCUGCAAUUACUCUCCAAAGGGCAACUGGAUUGGAGAAGCCCCGUACAAAACCGGCCGGCCCUGCUCCGAGUGCCCACCCAGCUAUGGAGGCGGCUGUAAGAACAACCUGUGUUACCGAGAAGAGACGUACAGCCCCAAACCUGAAACAGACGAGAUGAAUGAGGUGGAGGUGGCUCCCAUUCCCGAUGAGAAGCCCGUCUGGGUCCAGCCGAGGGUGGUCAGACCCACGAAGCCCAAGAAAGCACCCGCGGUGACCUACAUGACCCAAGUUGUCCGAUGUGACACCAAGAUGAAGGACAAGUGCAAAGGGUCCACGUGCAACAGGUACCAGUGCCCUGCAGGCUGCCUGGACAACAAGGCAAAGGUCUUCGGAACUCUGUUCUAUGAAAGUUCAUCCAGCAUAUGCCGGGCCGCCAUUCACUACGGAAUCCUGGACAGCAAAGGUGGCCUGGUGGACGUCACCAGGAACGGGAAAGUCCCCUUCUUUGUCAGGUCUGAGAGGAAUGGCGUGGAGUCUUUGAGCAAAUACAAGCCUUCCAGCUCAUUCGUGGUAUCAAAAGUAAAAGUGCAGGACCUGGACUGUUACACCACUGUUGCUCAGCUCUGCCCGUUCGAGAAGGCGGGGACCCACUGCCCCAGAGUUCAUUGUCCAGCACACUGCAAAGACGAGCCAUCCUACUGGGCUCCUGUGUUUGGAACUAACAUCUAUGCAGAUAGUUCAAGCAUCUGCAAGACGGCCGUGCACGCGGGAGUCAUCCGGAACGAGAGCGGGGGUUAUGUGGACGUGAUGCCCGUGGAUAAGAAGAAGACCUACGUGGGCUCGCUCAGGAAUGGAGUCCAGUCUGAAAGCUUGAGGACCCCUCGAGACGGAAAGGCCUUCCGGAUCUUUGCUGUCAGGCAGUGAAUUUCCAGCGCCGGGGAGAAGGGGGCAUGCGUCUUCAAGAGGGCUUCAGGGUUUUGCUUUUUAUUUUUGUCAUU